AUCUGUUAUCAAACAGUAGAUUUGCUAUCAACCAAAGAACAGAGCACUUGGCUUAGGAGGCUGCUUGUGAAUUUCACUUUCCACAAUGUCAUUUGAAAGGCAUUCAGGUCCGCGCCACUACACUGCGGGCACAAUGUCCGGAAGUUUUGAUUGCCACUACUGCAGAGCCCCGCUCCAAGGAAAAAAAUAUAUUGAGAAGGAUGGACACAACACCUGCGUGAAGUGUUUUGACAAAAUAUGUGCCAACACCUGUGCAGAGUGCAGGAAGCCUAUUGGAGUGGAUUCCAAGGAGCUGCAUUAUAAGAACCGAUACUGGCACGAUACCUGCUUCCGCUGUGCUAAAUGCUAUCACCCUCUGGCCAAUGAGCAAUUCAUUGCUAAAGACAAUAAAAUCCUGUGCUCCAAGUGUACCACCAAGGAGGACUCCCUUCGCUGCAGUGGCUGCCACAAGCAGAUCCAACCAGGAGGACGCAAUGUUGAAUACAAGGGCAGCGCCUGGCAUGAAGAAUGUUUUACCUGCAGUAACUGCAAGCAGGCCAUUGGAGCAGGAAGCUUCUUUCCCAAGGGAACCGAUGUCUACUGUGUGACAUGCCAUGAGCAAAAAUUUGCCAAGCAUUGUGUAAAGUGCAACAAACCCAUUGCAUCUGGUGGCAUAACAUACCAAGAUCAGCCUUGGCACGGUGACUGCUUUGUGUGUGAAACCUGCCAUAAGAAGCUCGCUGGCCAGCGCUUCACUGCAGUGGAGGAUCAGUACUACUGUGUGGAUUGCUACAAAGCCUUUGUGGCCAAGAAGUGCUCUGGAUGUAACAACCCCAUCACAGGGUUUGGAAAAGGAUCCAGUGUUGUCAACCAUGAAGGCAAUACCUGGCAUGAAUACUGUUUCACCUGCAAAAAGUGCUCUCUUAACCUGGCUAACAAGCGCUUUGUGCGCCAUAAUGAGCAAGUUUACUGUCAAGACUGUGCCAAAAAACUGUAAAAGGGCUAUGGGAAGCAUCCACUUGAUUCUUUUCCCAUUAUAAUUACCAAAUAGAAGGCUUAAUAUACAUCAUACAACUUCCAUGUUACUGUUUUGUAGUGUUUUCUGUGAAUGGAAAUGUAAAACUGCAUGGCUUCCUUUAUAUUUUCCACUAGAGCGAAUCGAAAUCUUCUAUAUACAUAUAAAGCAACAAUGAAUGGCUUGAACUGUAGAACCUCAUUCUUAAAACAUAGUUCAAUGGAUUUGCUGCAGUUAUCUCCUGCUUUUUAUCUGCAUAUGGAAAGAUAGAGCUACAAUGUGUGUAUAUACUGUUUAUACAUAUACACAUAUAUAGUGAGUGGAAUUCAUGCCUGAAAGAAUUGCAUGUGUGCUUACAAUUGAUAGAUUUGUAUAAUUUGCAUGUAGUUCUUAACAUCAGUAAUGCAAUAAAUGCCAUCCAUGAUACUA